AUGGCCAACAGAAAUGGGGCAAUGAGGGUGCUUGCAAGGAAAGGAAGCCAGAAUGUGUCUCAUAUACUUUUAAAGAGUCAUGAGUGGAUCACGAUUAUUUGUUGCGUUAAUGCUUCCAGACAAAGCAUUCCAGUGUUCUACUUGUUCAAAGGCAAGAGGCAGAUACAAAUUCACAUAGCUAAAUGCGAACUUGGUGCUUGCAUGGCAACGCAACAACAUGCGUGGAUGACUAAUGAACUAUUCAUGAGUUGGUUGCAACACUUCAAGCACUCCAUCCCUGGGGGUGUAUCACCAACGAAAAGGUGCUUGUUGAUAUUCGACGACCACGACAACCAUGUUGCAUUGCCAACCAUCGAGGAGGCAAGGAUGUUGGGCAUAGACUUGCUGACAUUGCCAGCUCACACAUCUCACAAAUUGCAGCCACUCGAUGUGAGUGUAUUCUCUCCAUUCAAAACAUACUUCAAAUCAGAAAGAGCCACCUGGAUAGCAAGGUUCCCUAAUCUGGAAAUCGGGAGGGCUGAAUUGGCAUAA